AUGGAUCCCAGCAGUGACUACCAUUUCCUCAAUCAGAUUUUGUGGAGAAGGGUGAAACUCACAUUGGUUUGUGGCAUCUUCGAGGGAGUGCUCCAGCACGUGGACCGUAACAAGAUUGUUGUCCUAAAGAAAGUGAAGAAUGUGGAGACUGGUCGAAGUGUCCCAGGAGUGAAGAUGUUUUUUGGGCAUGAGAUUGUGAAUGUGGAACUACUGGAUGAAGUAGAACAAGGUGCAGUGAGAGAAAAGGCAUCUUCUGUUAGUCUAAAUACAGAAAGAACCAAGAGGGAUAAAAUGAAAGAUGAAGACCUAAAUGUAUGUCAGCCUGCUUCUUCUGUCCCCGAGGCACCAACUUCUCUGCUAAAUGACUUUAAGUACAACCCUUCAGAGGAAGAGGAGGUAACAUAUACUGUGAUUGAUCAGUUCCAGCAGAAGUUUGGUGCUGCAAUGCUCCAUAUCAAGAAGCAGAGUGUUCUGAGUGUGGCCGCAGAAGGAGCUAACGUGUGUCGUCAUGGGAAACUAUGUUGGCUUCAGGUGGCCACAAAUAGCCGUGUUUACUUAUUUGACAUUUUCCUUCUGGGAAGUCGUGCUUUUAACAAUGGACUUCAGAUGGUAUUAGAAGACAAGAGAAUUUUGAAGGUUAUCCAUGACUGUCGUUGGCUUUCUGACUGUCUCUCUCACCAGUAUGGAAUUUUGCUGAAUAAUGUCUUUGACACACAGGUUGCAGAUGUCCUUCAAUUUUCUACGGAAACCGGUGGCUUUCUUCCAAACUGCAUCAGUACUUUGCAGGAGAGUUUAAUCAGACACCUGAAAGUAGCUCCUAAAUUUGUGUCCUUUCUAGAAGAGAGGCAAAAACUGACCCAGGAAAACCCAGAAGUGUGGUUCACACGACCUCUUUCACCUACUUUGUUGAAAAUUUUGGCCCUGGAAGCUACCUACCUGCUACCGCUUCGCUUGGUACUCCUAGAUGAGAUGAUGUCUGACCUAACCACCCUGGUGGACGUGUACUUAAACACCUAUCGAGAAAGGUCUGCAGUCCGGCUUGGAGGUGUGGAGCCUACAUGUAUGGAGCUGCCAGAGGAGCUGCUUCAGCUCAAGGACUUCCAGAAGCAGCGCAGGGAGAGAGCUGCAAAAGAGUAUAGUGUGAACGCACAGGGACUUCUAAUAAGGACAGUGCUACAGCCAAAGAAAUCAGUGACAAAGACAGCAGGCAAAGAAGGAAAAGGAAGAGGUUUCUUACUUUGUGAAAAUUCUAGGGUAGAUAAAGCUCCAAGCUGUACAUCUCGUGAAUCUCAUGAAGGUGUGAAUUUGUUGAAAGAAGAAUUUAUGCAUAAACAAACUAAAAUAAAACCUCAGCAUCUACCUCCCCUAAAGGAAGCAGAAGCCCGUGAAGAUGCCAGUAACAAACUUACUUGCACCAGCUCCCGGUGGUCAGAGGACCAGAGAAUAACUCAGAAAGAAUGCAUUAAGAUACCCAAACAUGAGUUUCAGACAAAUUUAUCUUUGAAAGAGGAGAUAGAACAGUUAUUGAUGGUGGAAAACAAGAAAGAUUUAAAAUGCGCAAAACAAGGUGUUUCAUUGUCUCCAAGGGACACCUUUCAUCCUUUAAAAAAAACUAUGCUUUCCGCACUUCCCCCCUGUCCAGCCUUGGAGAAGCCUGAUCCCUGGGUAAAUCCUCCUCUACUUAUGCCUUAG